UUUUGCUGAGAGCUCAUCUCUCUUGGUCGCACUGAGCCCUACACCGAUGUCAUGUCAAACAAAAUGAAAACUCUUGCAGUGCCAACCUGUCACCUGACGCAGGCUGUUUCUGAUGGGGAACUGAACAUGUCCAGGUUGUCGAGCACAGGCAGCAGUCCGAGUCUCAGCGGGGGCUCUGCUGGAGGAGGCGGUCCACGUGGCGCUGAUGACCCGGCCAGCAGGGUGGUCAGCUGGGCCGUAUGCUUCGAGCGCCUACUGGAGGACCCGGUGGGAGUCCGGUACUUCACGGCUUUCCUCAAAUCGGAGGUGAGUGCAGAGAACAUUCUCUUCUGGCAAGCCUGUGAGAAGUUCCGGAAGAUUCCACCUGCUAACAUGGAUGAGCUGAAGAAGGAAGCCCACACCAUAUAUGACCUGUAUCUGUCUGACGCGUCCUUCCACUCCGUAAACAUAGAUGACACGGCUCGCGUCAGCGAGCACGAUCUCGAGAAUCCCACGGCAGACAUGUUCAGCAAAGCCCAGCAACAGAUAUUUAAACUGAUGAAGUUCGACAGCUACACACGGUUUGUGCGCUCUCAGCUCUAUCAGAACUGCAUGCUGGCCAGCGUGGAGGGACGCCCACUGCCUGACCACACGCCCCACAACAAGGGCUCCAGAGAGCUCGGUGCUCCCACUGCCAACAGGAAGAGUACAGAUGUGAAAAUGCUGUUGUCAGACAGCAAAGUGAACAAGAAGACAAAGGUUGAGAAGAGAGGAUCAUGGGGAGCAGAUGCGUCAUACGGGCGGGUGAUGGUCUCUCGCCAGGUGUCUCAGAUCUCAGUGAAGUCCAACAGUAGCAUGGAACUGGGCUUGUUGUCUGGCCGACUGGAGAACGACUCUUCCUCGAGUCUGGCAGGCUCGGACCCGGACGUUGCAGGGGUAUCACGGGCAGAGAAGUACUGCUGUGUGUACCUGCCGGACGGCACGGCGAGUCUGGCGCCGGCUCGGUCUGGCCUGCUUCUGCGGGACAUGCUCAGCAGCCUGUGCGAGAAGAGGGGAUUCCCCCUGAAAGAUGUCAUCAUCUACCUCCAUGACAAGGACAAGCCUCUGUCCUUGGACCAGGACAGCUCUGUGCUCCAGGACCAACAGGUCUUAUUGGAAGUGAGGGUGACAUUUAUGUUGCAGGUAAUGUUUACAGGAAAGACAGUUGGAAUCAUAGCAAAGUCCAGUAAGACCUUGGGAGAAGCUCUUUCUUCAGUUUUACAGAAGAACCAACUCCGAUCUCAGGAUGCCCUCAUCACUCUGAGUGGAUCCAAUGAGCCCUUAAGCCUGAACACCAGCGUCUUUAGUCUGGCCAACAAGACUCUCUGUCUGGACAAAAAUGGUGGGGAGAUGAAGGCGGUUCCAGCAAUGGACCGAGGCCGAACCAGCACCAGACCUAAAAAGGCAUAUGACAUGGAUGGCCUGGUGGAGAUGUUGUCCCGUGCUCAGUGCAGCAGGGUGGACGACCAACGCGGGUUACUGACCAAAGAACAGCUGGAGAUGCCCCUGUUCCUGCAGCUUCCUGCGGGGGGCCGUGAGGGGGACCCUGGGGACCUGGAGGUGUCCUCGCCCAAGUGCACAUGCCCUGCUAACGUAGGAGUAGACCAGAAGAUCCUGGGCAUUAAGGGCGAUGAUAAAGACUCAAAUAAAAAGAAGGGCUGUGAAGAUGGCCACGCACGCUCUGAUAAGGAGACCUUACUUUGAGAGAGAGAGAGAGAGGGUGUGUGUGUGUGUGUGUGUGAAAUUACUUUUCUUUUUGUUCUUUGGUCAUUUAUGAUUUUUAUGGCGAAAACUACAUGUGCAGAAGAUUAUCGGAUUUCUAUUGUGUGUGUGUGUGUUUUUUAAUAUUACUCUUGUUAUUUUCAAGAGCUCUUUUAAACAUAUUUAUUUACUUGCUCUGUUUGGUUGUUCACUUCUGAAUUUGUUUGAUUUUGUUGCACUGGAGUUUUGAGCUCUUUAAACCACUGUAUAUAUGAUUGUGUUUUGUUCCUCUGCACUGUUUUUCUUCCUCAGACUUAAUACAGCAACCCACUGAAACAUGA